AUGGCCGCGAAGGCGCCCAAUGCCAUUCUUUUCGGCACCGGCGAAUACACCACAGGCUUAACACCCUCGGGACAGGCGAAGUCGGACAAGUCGCUCGGCGUUGUUGCGUUGACCUUCUUCGACCUCCGUGCGAAAGGGAAAAUAGGGGAUCGCAUUGCCAUGGUCGGAACCAACGGGGACAAAGAGCCCAAGAUCAAGGAGCACUUCAGUCGCAACCUGACCUUUCCGAACAUUGGCAGCAAAGAGUUUGAGUUCUUUCCCAAAGAAGGCAAGAAUCCGAAGGCGUACCUUGAUGCCAUCAAGGCUUUUAAGCCGGGAGAUGUUUGCACCGUGUUCACACCUGAUGACACGCACUUUGAAAUCUGCAAGGCCGCCCUGCAAGGCGGCGUCCACGUCUUGGUGACAAAGCCAAUGGUGAAGACGCUGGCGCAGCACAAGGAGCUUGUGCGCAUCGCGAAAGAGAAAGGAGCCCUCUUACAGAUCGAGGUCCACAAGCGUUUCGAUCCGAUCUACAACGAUGCCAGACAGCGAAUUCAAAACUUGGGUGACUUCGGGUAUUUCACAGCCUUCAUGUCUCAGCCAAAGAUGCAGCUGGAGACCUUUAAAGAUUGGGCCGUGGACUUGGCAUCUUUGCCCCCUCCCCACUUCACCUCGACGGCUGAAGCCAUGAACCUGGCCUACUUGAGCGAGAUCGGCGUGCCUGUUGCCUGCUCUUCGACUGCGUGCCGAACUCCCCUACCACCAGCGCCGGCAGCGCAGCACAGAAAUGGCCACGGCUAUGCUGCGCCUUCAGGCGCAAAAGCAAGGCCCGUGGUGACGCGCUUCGCGCCAUCUCCCACAGGGUACCUGCACAUUGGGGGGGCGAGGACGGCGUUGUUCAACUACCUGUUCGCAAAGCAUCAUGGUGGCAAAUUCCUGAUGCGCAUCGAGGACACCGACGCGGAGCGGCACAACGAAGCCGCCGUCGAUGCCAUCCUUCAGGGAAUGGCUUGGCUGGGCACGCCCCACGACGGAGAGAUCGUUCGGCAAAGAGAGAACAUAGGACGCCACAAGGAAGUUGCAGCCCAACUUUUGGCGAAUGGAGGUGCCUACAAGUGCUACUGCUCCAAGGAGGAGCUGGAGGCCAUGCGCGCGCAGGCCGAGCAGCAGCACGUUCCUUUCAGAUAUUCUGGCCCUUGGCGCAACGCGGGGCCGGAUGUCGUCCCUCCCCCUGACCGCCAACCCGUGGUGCGAAUUCGGACGCCGGACGAUGACGGCGUGACAAGCUGGCAGGACGGAGUGAUGGGCUUGAUCGAAAUCCCCAACAAGGAUGUGGAUGACUUCAUCAUCCUCAGGGCUGACGGUACGCCGACGUAUCUGCUCGCGGUGGUCGUGGACGACCAUGACAUGGGCGUGACCCAGGUCAUCCGUGGUUCAGAUCACAUUGGCAACACGGCCCGGCAGAUUUCCGUCUUCAAGAACAUGGGCUGGGAUCUCCCGGACUUUGCGCAUCUGCCGCUGAUCCACGGCCCGGAUGGCAAGAAGCUCUCGAAGCGGCACGGGGCCACGGGGCUGGAGGAGUUCGAGGCCAAAGGUUACCUGCCCGAGUCCAUCCGGAACUACCUCGCCCGGCUCUCCUGGUCCCAUGGGGACGACGAGAUCUUCUCUACGGAGCAGGCGAUCAAGUGGUUCUCCCUUUCGUCCUGCUCCCGAGGAGCACCGUGCUUUGACUUCGACAAGCUCAACGGCCUCAAUCAGCAUUACAUCAAGGAGGCAGACCACAUUCGCCUGGCCGAGAUCGUCUUGAAACUAUUCCCUGAGGUUGCACCCUACGAAGAGAAGCUUCGUGAUCCUCGCGUGGCGAACAUGCUCAAGGUGCGUGCCAAGACGCUGCUGGAGUACAAGGAGGCCGGAUGGUUCUUCAUGUCCAAGAGGCCCAUUGAGGUGUCGCCUGCUGCGGCCGCGGAUCUCAAAGGAGCUGGUGCGCAAGAGGCCUUGACGACCUUAGUGCAGCUGUUGGAGAAGUAUUCCGGCGAUUGGAGCCCAGAGGGCUUGGAGACCUGCAUCAAGGACUACGCCGCGACGCAGAAGGUGAAACUUGGGGCCCUCGCUAAGCCUGCGCGAGCCGCGCUCACCGGCUCCACGGCCUCUCCGGGACUCUUCGAGGUCAUUUGGGCCAUCGGCCGCGACGAGGUGAUCGCGCGGCUCAGGUGGGCCCACCCGAAAUCCCAAAGCCCUGGCGAGCCCCAAAUGCGCCAGGGACGGCAUCGAAGGCAGCUUCCAGGUUGCCGAGGGCGGGAGCUGAAGGCACUGCGAUGGUUCGAGCGUCCCCGUGUGGACAACCACAAAGCGGCUUUUGCACUGUGGUCAAGAGCCAUGAGGACGAGCAGACAAGAGCUUUGCUGCCGGAUCUCGCCGCAGUUGUGCGUGCGACACGCCGUGUUCCUCGAAUUGCUUCCCGCGAAGUCUCUGAGGGCUGGUAUCUCGUCGGACAUCUCGUAUUACCUGAACUCCCACCACAUAGACUUCCAUGUGUGGGCUAUGCAGGGCAUUGCCAAGCCCGUUUCAGUGUACGCUCUGGCGUCCACCGGCGUCGCGCAGAAGAUUCUGUCCCGACCCUGCGAGGACACCAUCACCGUCACCGUGACCUGGAAGAACAACAGCGGGUCGCAAGGGCAUGCCCUGUACACCUCCUCCUGGACGGCUAGCAAGUCGGACGUCCACUCCCAGCAGCGCUUCUUCUGUCAGAUGCAGACGGCGGAAGUCACCGUGGACCAGGCGCACCGUGGCUACUACGUCGCCGAAGACGACGUCGGGUUCAACUCUUGCAACCCGCUUUUCAUCCGCAACAAGCCGGACUCGAAGGGACGGUACGUUGGCCAGAGCUGCUACGGGUACGUCUCCUUCGAGCGGUUCGUGGAUGCCGCAAACGAGAUUAACCAGGGCAAGGCCAAGCCGGAAGAUUUCGACACCGAGCUUCCGACAGGGAUCGCCACGGUGCAGGUGACUGCCAUCCUCGAGGCCGGUCGCAAGUCGCUGGAUGAAGGCCGAGCCGUGUCGAUCAUCUACGAUGACAAGGGCGAGGUGGACCGGCUGGAGUGA